AUGAGCAAAACCUCACCACCAAACGGCCCACCACCACAGAAAAAAGCCCGGACAACAAAGCAUCCAUUCGGGAAUCCAUUCUACGCAAGACUUACCAAGUUUUUGUUGGGAUCGAAAGAGGAGGCGAUCGAGGGAAUAAAGAAAUGCUGUGAAGAGAUUGCUGAUUAUAAAAAGGCUCAUCCAGAAGAAAGUUUGUGUGAUUCGGGCGAUGAAAUCGGAGAUGCGACAAACAACAGAUCGAACACGCAAACGAAGAAAAUGUUUGCUGGGACAAGCCAGGAAAGACUCCGUUUGAAGCAAUUGGAAGUGAUUCCCGAGCGAUCGUUGAAGAAAACCCCGAUGAGUCGAUCAGUGGGUUCUCUACCCGAACCAAAAGACGAAUCGUCGAGAUCGGCCGAGAAUUCGGACGAUUCCGACAGUGAAACACUGACGAUAAAUGAAAGAAGUGAAAGGAAAUGCGUCUCAUGCUCGAUUUCGAAAUUCUCCCCAUACGAUCAAUUGUUGCAAUGUCACACGUGUAAAGAGCACAUGCACAUGAAAUGCAACAAGCCCGAGAUCACGAAAGAGCAAUCGAAAGAUCCACGAUUUCAUUUCAUUUGCAGUGAAUGCUUGGCGAAUGAGGUGGAAAAGCGGUCAGCCCCCGAUAAUUCGAAAUCCGAGUCGUUGAAGGUGCAAAAGAUGCCUCCGAUGCCAACUCCAGCUUCUCGUGUCCCUGUCGACUUUAAUCAGAAAUUGGCUGAGUUUAAAGCAAAGAAAAAUCUUCUCGGCAACAACAGUAAAAGUGCUACAAUUCUACUUAAAAAG